AUGACAAGAAAGAACAGAGGAUAUACUUCUGCAUCGAAUCAGCAACUCAAACCAGCCUCACAACACAGUCAUACAAGCUCACAACAAGGAAGGGAGGUCGGAGGAGAAGUGGAGCUGAAGCGUUGCUUGUCUGUAUGCACAAAUCUUCAAGCUGAAAUCAAUAACAAGGUGUCUUGGUUGAACUCCUUUGAUUCAGUUCACGAUACACUUGCCAGUGUCCAAGCGUCUCUUCCUUCAAAGGACGAUCUGAACAGUAUCAUCAGUGCUGCCAAGGUGAUUUCUCAGCGUCAGCGCGAGGGAAAAAAUGUAGAUAAACUCCACGACUCUGAGUUCUAUCGCUUUGAUAGGUCAAACAAUUUACAAGAGGUUCAAGUGUCCAGAGAGGGCGAGAAGGAGGAACUGAAGCAGAGAAUGGCUGAAUUCAAAAGAGCGUUCAACGUGAAAGAAACACCUGCUCGUGGCAAAAGUGGCAAACGCCAAAGUAACCAGAGUCAAAUCAUCCAAGCUGAAGACUUAAUUCAACGCAUCUAUAUAUCAUGGCGAAACGGAGACUAUGAAGGGUUUGCUAAGUUACACGAGACUAUAGACAAGAUCGAACUGCAUCUGAAAGACAUCUUGGACGACCGCACAUUCUGGAACCUCACGAAAGAAAACGUUUCUGAUAUCACUGAACAACACAACGAAGUGAAACCGUAUCUUAAGAAGCGCCAGGUAGAAAAUCUUCCAACCUUGAAGGCUGCAGAAAAGAGACUGGAAGAAAUAAAGGAACGCGCGGUUUUUAUUGAACAACAAGUGAGGUCGCGUUUCUGGUUGCAAUUAGGAAAUUUGAACGGGGUGCUAAACGCUGCGCAUAUACGGCAGUAG